AUCAGCCAAUCACAAUCCGGGGCUCCAUAUUAAACCUUUGUUUUGGUCAAGCCACCGAGUUUCAUUUCAUUUCAUUUUGUUUAGUUCAUUUUACUUUUUGUUGAUCUUUUUUUCUAACUCAAAGUCACGUUUACACUAAGAAGACAGUGGAAUUUAUCAUAAAGCGGUAAGAAUGAAGCUAACAGACAUUAAAAAGUUAAAAGUGGCAGAGUUGCGGUCGCGACUUAAAGAACUUGGUUUGGACAGUAAAGGACUGAAGGCUGAGCUCGCCACCAGGCUGUGGUCUGCUUCAGAGGCAGCACAGAGUGGGACAGUAUCUGAAGAAGAGGUACAAGUACAAAAUGACAGCUCACCGAUGCCUUUAACACCAGCCGAGACAGCUGAGGUCCACUCUCUGUCCCCAUCGCCGCCUAAUACUGAAGCGUGUGUCACUACGCGGAGUGAAGUAGACCGGAGCAGAGAGUACGCGGACACCGCCACACAGACAGAGACUGGCCCGGGCACACCAGCACUACAGUCAGGAUAUGAGUGUGUAUCGGAGCGAGUGGUGGACUGUCAAGGCGAGGGAGGAGAGCUGGAGGUCCAUCAGAGACAUGCAGAGGAUCGUGGAGAGGAGAAGAGGACUCUAUCAUCAGAGGACACGGACAGAGGACGAGCUUUCUAUGAGUUCAAGGAGGAGAUACGGUACAAGAGAGCCAAGUCACCACAGCCACCACUGGAGAAGGCAGAGGCAGAGGCGCAAGAGGAAGAUAAAGUCAGAUUAGAUCCAUACGACUGUCACCUCCACUUUGAGGUGAGUCCUGACGGAUCCUCCGGGCAGCCCCGGUUCUGGGCUCAGUUCCCCCUUCUGUGGUCAGGCGGCAGGCUCACCCACGGGGUGCAGCAGGGCAGGGUGGGCUUUGAGGUGAGGCUGGAGAGGAAAUUGUUGGCUCCACAGUUGGAAGGCCAAGAAGUAAGGGAGCCCUACGGUCUGAGAGUCGGGUGGUCGGUGGCUGACACCUCUCUGCUGCUGGGUGAGAGUGAACUGUCUUUUGCUUAUGAUGGAAACAGUAGAAAAGUGUCUGGAGGAAAACAAGAGCAGUUUGGAGAACCUUUCUCUGAGGGAGACAUCAUCGGCUGUUACGCUUCUUUUUUCACAGACGGUGCUGUUGAGCUCUCUUUCCACAAGAACAGUCGUUUCAUGGGUGUGGCCUUUUCCCUGGACUCCUCGGCGCUGCUGGGCCGGGCCCUGUUCCCCCACGUCCUCUGUAAAAACUGUUCAGUCAGACUCCUCCUGGAUCCCACAGCUCCUCCCUGGUACCCCGGCCCUCCAGGCUUCACGGCGCUACCAGCCCUCCCUGCUCGGCAGAGGGUUCGCUCCACGCCAGCCCCUACCUCUAGAGCACAGUGUGAGGUGGUCAUGAUGGUGGGUCUUCCCGGUUCUGGGAAGAGUCUCUGGGCCAGGACUCACAUGAAGCAGCAUCCAGAGAAGCGGUACAGGCUGCUGGGAACAGAGGAGCUGCUCGCAUGUAUGAUUAGCGGUGGGCAGAGGGACAGCAGGCUGCGCCAGGCCUCUCAGUGUCUGACUGACUUGAUCAAGGUGGCUGCUGAGACUCCUGCCAACUACAUCCUCGACCAGUGCAACAUCCUCUUCUCGGCACGUCGUUACAAGUUGCAGCUGUUCACGGGCUUCAGGCGACGGGUGGUGGUGGUCUUUCCCUCAGCGGACGAGUGGAAACGGCGACUGGCAAAGAACCAGAUGACUGAUGGCGAGAAAAUACCUGAUACGUCCCUGCUCAAACUCCAGGUGAGCUGCAGUCUCCCAGAGCAACAGGCUGACCUGCUGGAGGAGCUACUAUAUGUCGACCUGCAGCAGGAAGAGGCUCAAAAGCUCCUCCAGGAGUACAAAGACGAGGCCCGCAGACUGCUGCCCCCCGUCCCCAAACAGGAGAAGAAGAAACCCAGGCUUUACAAGAAAAGACCCCACCCUUACAGCUCUCUGCCUCCACACAAGCUCCAGUGGACUGGCUCUAAGGGGCGGAACACGCAGUCAUGGAAGCAACAGCCGAGAUACUGGAACGCACCUUAUCAGGACCAGAGCUCCUACUACAACAGAGACUUUGGUUCCAGUGGAUAUGAGAGCUACUGGUGAAGAAACGCACAAUCUGUGAUUAACACGAUGCUACUAGUGACAUUUAUCUUGAACCACGUGCUACAUCUGCUGCUCUCCCAGUUUGGACUAAUGAGAGAUAAUCAGGUUUUGGUCACUUUUUACAGUCUUAACCUUUAUAUGUAAUUUACAAAUGAUGGGAAAUAAACAGCUGUUUGCACACUUUCAUUAAAUGAGUGUUUAAAGUAAAUAAAUACUCAAACUCUU